AUGACAUUAAUUGACACUGCAUUGCUUGACCCUUCGAUGGUUGACCCUGCAUUGCUAGAUCCAGCCUUCGUGUCUUUGGAUCAAACAUUGCUGACUCAAGGCAUGCUGGACCAAGGCAUGCUGGAUCAGUUACUGCUGAACCUGGCAUUGGUGGAUCAAGCACUGCUGGACCAGGGCACGCAGGGCCAAGCAUUGCUGGAUCAAGCAAUUCUGAAUCAAGCCUUGGCGGAUCAAGGCAUGCUGGACCAAGGCAUGCUGGAUCGGGACAUGCGUUUGAGCUGUGCCAUGGAUCCGUCAUGGAUCAACAUCCAUCAGAUUCUCACGCGAUCGUACAAUGCUGAUGGAGUUGCUGCCGCCGCUGCCACCUCUGCUGUUGCUGCUCCUCCUCCUGCUUCGUCUGCUGCUGCUGCUGCUGCUGCUGCUGCUGCUGCUGCUGCUGCUGCUGCUGCUGCUGCUGCUGCUGGUCCUCCCCUUUCCUCCCCUUUCCUCCCCUUUCCUCCCACUGCUUUCGAAUUGCAACCAGGAAGGCCAGCAGUAGCAGAUGCAGUAUCACCAACAGCAGCAGCAGCAGCAGCAGCAGCAGCAGCAGCAGCAGCAGCAGCAGCAGCAGCAGCAGCAGCAGCAGCAGCAGCAGCAGCAGCAGCAGCAGCAGCAGCAGCAGCAGCAGCAGCAGCAGCAGCAGCAGCAGCAGCAGCAGCAGCAGCAGCAGCAGCAGCAGCAGCAGCAGCAGCAACAGAAGGAGCAACAGCAGCAGAAACGGAAGGAGCAGCACCAGCACGCGUGUCAGAGCAAGGAAGGCAGCAAGUCGCGGAAGCAGCUUGCACACCAGCAAUCGUUGCCAGCAGCCAUACCAGCUGCUGUAACCACCCCAGAAGCACCAUCAGUCCCAGAAGCACCGUGAAGUCAACAAGUAUGAGCCAUCGCAGUAGCACCAGCAAUCUCAAAAGCCCUCUUAAACUUAGCAGCACUACCGGUCCUUCUCUCGCCCUACCUUACACACAUGCAGCCCAGACCCUUAUUAUUCCAGUUGCCAUAUCCCCUGUUUCAGUUACCCUCUCCCCUGAUACUGCUGCCAUACCUCCUGAUUCGACUGCCACCUCUCCCAUUGACGGAAAUCCACUGUCUGGAGAGGUUGCGGCAGUGCAUGAUGGGUCGGAAGGGGCAACGGCAAGGGCCAUGCUUGCCAUGCAGCUGGUCGGAGCAUCAACAGUAUCAGAGGCUGCAGUUCACGCUGCGGCGGCUGCUGGAGAAUUCGCCGCAGUGCGUGGUGGGUCAGAAGGGGCAGUGACAGGUGCAAUGCUUGCCGUGCAGCUGGUCGGAGCAGCAACAGGAUCAGAGGCUGCAGACCACACUGUGGCAGCUAUCGGAGAGGGUGUGGCGGUAGGGCAUGUGAUAGCGAAUAUGGAUGCAGCGAACGUGACUAAAGGAGAUAUGUCAACAGAGAAUGUGACAGUGGGAGAUAUGGCAGCAGAGAAUGUGACAGUUGGAGAAAUGGCAGCAGACAGUGUGGCAGUACUGCUGUAUGCGUGCCGGUUCUGCGGCAAGAGAUUCGCCCAGCCGCAGGGGCUGGGAUGCCACAUGAAUGCCCACCGGCGAGGUGAGAAGAACAGGCGAGGUGAGAAGAAGAGGCGAGGUGAGAAGAAGAGGCGAAAUGUGAAGAACAGGCAAGGUGAGAAGAAGAGGCGAGGUCAGAAGAAGAGGCGAAAUGAGAAGAACAGGCGAGGUGAGAAGAACAGGCGAGGUGAGAAGAACAGGAGAGGUGAGAAGAAGAGGCGAGGUGAGAAGAAGAGGCGAGACCGCGAGGCAGAGAACGAUCACCAGGAAACCAUGCCUUCACAUCCUCCAGUCGCAAAGGCGGAUACUUUCGGAAUUCUCUCACUGCCUGCAGCCCAGUCGGUGCAUGUAGCACAGUCAGCACAAUCGCUGACUGCUGGCGGUGCUGCUCGUGCUGCAGCUGGUCUUGCUGCCCCUGCUGAUUCUCGUGGUGGUUCUGGCGGUUGUUCUGCAAAGGAUUUUUCCAGUUCAUACCCAGGAGCAGACGUAUCAGGAAGGACAGGCAGAGUGGAGACUGCUUCUGCUGAUGCUGUUGCCUCCUAUUUGGCUGCUGCUGCUGCUGCUGCUGCUGCUGAAUCUAGUGCUAUUGAUGAAACUGCUGCUGGCCCGGGUGGUGAUGUUCAGACCUCUCAUGCCAGAGUAGGAUCGGCAAUGGAAGCUGGAUUGGUAGCAGCCGGCUCUGGUUUGGCAACCGGUCCUGCAUUAGCUGUCCGUUCUAGGCUCAAUGCUGGUGCUGCAGCAGGAACGGCAUCAAGAGCAGGGUACAGUGUCAGUUCUGGUGUGAGGCUUGGAUCAGGGGCUGAUAUCACAGAUCGUUACCGGUUUUCACAGAGACUAAUUGGUGCAGAGAGGCGUGUGAGUAAGUUGGAUGAGGAAGGUUUUUCACUUGGUGGAGGUGGUGGUGGUGGUGGUGGUGGUGGUGGUGGUGGUGGUGGUGGUGGUGGUGGUGGUGGUGGUGGUGGUGGUGGUGGUGGUGGUGGUGGUGGUGGUGGUGGUGGUGGUGGUGGUGGUGGUGGUGGUGGUGGAGGAGGAGGAGGAGGAGGAGGAGGAGGAGGAGGAGGAGGAGGAGGAGGAGGAGGAGGAGGAGGAGGAGGAGGAGGAGGAAGAGAGGGAGUACGAGCAGGAAAGCUGCAGUCUCUUCAUUCUGCUGCAGUAGCAAGCAAACACGUGUCUGUUCCGGGAUUCAAGCCUUCUGGUCUGGCCGGACCUUCACCUGGUCUGGCCAGACAUCCACCUGGCCUGGCCGGACCUUCGUCUCAGGCAUGGUUGCAGCAAACCCCCAGUGCAAGCUUGGCAACCUACCUCGGCACCGAGCCAUCAGAGAACUCUGUGCAAGGAGUUUCGGAAGGAUUUUUGGAAAAAGGCCAUAGAGUAGCCUCUUUCAGCAGUGUGUUUUUACAGGGAAAUGUGGCGGACCAAGCCGCUUCUGGGGAGAAGUUUCGGGAGGAGGAAGGGGUAGAGGCUGAGUUGGAGCAGCUUCAGAGGGAGUGGAGGAUUCAGCUGACUGAAAGGAGAAGGAUAAUGCAUUGGCAAGGAGAGAGUAAUGAGCGGAGGGAGGAUGGUGGGGGGAAUAAGGUGGACUUGCACGGAAACCAACAUCUGAAUGAUCGAGGAGAAGAGGUGGGGAAAGGGACAAGGAAGAGAGACACUCAUGUCAAUGCUAAUGAGCAAGUUCUACUGCCAAUUGUGCUGCCGAUUGUGCUGAAAGCACGUUCACGUGCAUUCUCUAGCCUCCCCUCUUCCCUCACCCUCUCUGCUCCCCCCACAGACACUCAAACACUCAAGUCCCUGCUGAUCAGCAAGGGCAUUCUGCCUUUGCUCGCACGCUUGCUCUCCCACCUGCCCCCUAUGCCCCCAUCUCCUGUCUCUCAUAGUGCUGACGCCUGGACUGGCCCUGCUUCUGCUGCUGCGGCUGAUUGUGCUGCUCAUAGUGCUUACGCUGGGACAGGCCCAGCUGCUGGUUAUGCUGACGCUGGGAUCGGCCCUGCUGCUACGUCUGCAGCUGAUUGUGCCGCUCUUCAUAGUGCUGACGUUGGGACUGGUCCUGGGUCUGGCCGUGCUGUUCCUGCAGCUGAUUGUGCUGCUCAUAGUGCCGACGCCGGGACAGCCCCUGCUUCCGGCCGUGCUGGUUCUGCUGCUGAUUGCUCUAACUCUAGGGCUGAUCCCGCUGUUGACCCUGAAGGGAACAAACGCAAGAGCAGCUUGGGGAGGAAGGCGCACUGGACCUGCUCGCUCGGAUCCUGCAGCACCACUGCCGCCACCAUUGGCACCACACUCAGGCCUGCUGCCAUUGCCUCUCGCGCUGCUUUGUCACCAUCAGCCCUCGAUGCAGUACUGUGUCUCCCCAUUCUCUCUCCCCACUUUCUUUCUCCCCCCCAUUCUCUCUCCCUCCGUUUUCUCUCCUCCCACUCUCUGUCCUCCCUUUUUCCCCCACACACACAGUAUGCAGCAGCGGGGGCGCUAUGGCACAUUUCAGCCAAUCAGAGCCUAGGUCUCACUCUCAUCGUGCGCUACAGAUGCCUACUGCCCCUCCUGAGCCUGCUUGAUCAGUCGCUGCCCCAGUCAACGCUGGUCAACUGUACUGGGUGCCAGUCAACGCAUGCUGACUGUAGGCAGGGCCAGUCAACGCAGGUCAACUGCAGUCAGUGCCAGGCAGCGUUCACUCAGUGUCAGUCAACGCCGGUCAACUGUAGGCAGUGCCAGCCAAUGCAGAAUAACUGCAGUGAGUGUGCGUUGCUGCAGCAGAAUGAAAUUUUGCAACAAGUGGGGGAGAGGGGAGAGCAUGGGAUGGUGGAAGGAGGGAGAGGGGUUAAUAGGUGUCAAGAGAGGCGAGAUGGGGAAGGAGGUGAAGGGAAAGGAAGGGGAGGAGUGGAAGGAGGAGAGGAAGGGGAAAUUGGUUUUAGAGUGCAAGGUGGGGAAGGAGGGGGAGAAGAAGGAGAGGUAGAGGAGAUGGGGAGGAGUAGGGAGCAAGGAAUGGGAGAAGGACUGGGUACAAGUGAAAGGGACUAUUCUAGAAGGGAAGAAGAGAAAGAGGAGGAAAUGGAAGGGAUGGAGGAGGAAGAAGCAGAGGAGGAGGAAGAAGAGGAAGACGAUGAAGACGAGGAAGAGGAAGUGGAGGAGGAAGAGGAGGGGAAGCGAGAAGAGGCUCGGCUGUAUGCGUGCCUAACCCUCGCUAAUCUCUGCCUGCUUCUGGAAGGUUCUCAGGUCAUGCAGGAUAGCGAUGAACAUCCCUUGGCCAACUCUUGUCAUUCCAAUGCGACACAUGGGACUGAUGCGACGGAUGCAACACUUUUUUCUGUGGGAAAGAGUGUUGAAACUUCUCAAAAUGUGGGCAAGCAAGAGAGGGCCUCCUCUUCUUCUUCCCUCACACGAGCACAGCAACACCUCCUCUCCUCCCCCACACUCCCCUCCAUCUCCUCCUUCCUCCUCGCCUCUCACCCCUCCUCCCUCCCCCUCCACCUCAUCUGGACCACCGUCUCUCCGAUCGUACGGCUGCUGCGCUGCCACGUGGCGCCGAUCCGAGGGCUGGGAGCGCUGCUGGCUGCUGCAGUGUGCAAGAGCAGGGGGGGCAAGGAGGAGCACGGAGCUAUGUUCUUCUUAGAAGGGGCUGUGGGGAUUCUGAUGGAAAUGGCGGCUUUUGAGGCGCACCAGAAGAGGGAGGAGGAUGGAGCAAUGGCCGAGCACGGCACUAUGGGCAUAUCAGAGGGGGCUGUGGGGGUAAUGGUGGGAAUAGCAGAGGAGGUUGAGCCUGGUAGGGUGGAGAGAGAGAAGCAGGAGGAGGAGCAGAGGGAGGAGCAGAAGAGAACCCAGUGGGAAAAGAAGAGGGGGAAGAAGAGGCAGGAGGAGAGGGAAGAGCAGGAGGAUCGAGUGCGGGUGAAAGCAGCGGAGUUUGCUCGCCUUGCCCUGGGUUACCUUGAUGUACCGCUGACCAAGCUGCUCACUGUGCCUACCACAGGCACACCAUCAGCCAUGACUGGGGGCGGUGAGGGGCGUGGGGGGGGCGGUGAGGGGCGUGGGGGGGGCGGUGAGGGGCGUGGGGGGGGCGGUGAGGGGCGUGGCGGGGCCGGUGAGGGGCGUGGCGGGGCCGGUGAGGGCCUUGCCCUGGGCUACAUUGAUGAGUCGGUGAAUAGGCUGCCCACUGUCCCUGGCACAGGCCACCCCUCAGGCAUGCCCUGCCGCGAAGUUCCUUGUGGGGCUGGUGAGGGGAGUGGUGGGACCGGGGACAGGACCAGCGCGGACUGCCCCCCUAUUGACCCGUGCGGCCAUGCUGUUGCCUGCCCCUCCUGCCUCCUCUGCCUCCUCUCCCGGAAGCAGCCCUGCCCCAUCUGCCGCUCUGCCAUUGGUUGA